AUGCCGCGCGCCGCGGCGGAGGAGGGGCCCGCCGAGGGCGGCCCGCUGGUGGGGAGGCGCAGGAGCUCCCCGAGCUCGCGGAGCUCCGCCGGCGCGGGCGAGUGGAGCUCCGCGCCGAGCUCGCCGGGGCCGAGCUCGCCGGGGCCGAGCACGUCGGGGGACGACGGCGCCGACGGCGUGUGUGCGCAGCUCCGGAGCUUGGCGGGGCUGGCAGCCGAGGGCGCGCGGGAGCAGCUGGCGCGCAGGGCCGAAGCGGCCAAGCGGCGCCACGACGCCUUCAAGGUCUCCCCGGUCGGGAUCCUGCUGCUGGCCCGGUGGCUGCCGCUGCAGGACGUUGGCUUGGACAUGCUGGUGACCCUUGGCCAGCCUCACCUGCCACUCAUCGGCCCGCUAUGCUCCAACCAGGGCCUGCUCUGGGACAGGCAGGACGGGCGAGGAUUGAGUGGAGGAAGAGCAGAGGGGAGAGACAGGUUCGGGAGUCGAGAUUUUUGUCCCUCCUCGCCUUGGAGUCAGAUGUGGGGGGCACUCGACGCUGCCGCUGGUUCGCCCCGAAGCCCUGGCCAGCACGCCCUCCAGGGCAGGUCCAGGGGGCGCCACUGCGGACCCUGA